AUGUCUGCCUGGGUCCACCAUUCAUUUGAACAGAUGCAAGAUAUUUACAGAGUUAUUUUAAAAUACGUUGAGGAGACAAAACGGUUUGACCUGACGACGACUGCUGUCACUCCUGUCACGACGACUGCAACAAUUUCAGCGACAACAGUCGGAGUGACGGUGGCUGGUGAUGGCGUACUAGGCGCAAAUUCUGGUCGUCUUAAUAUGCGGUGGGAUGUGGCCAUUGAUAGCCAGUUGAAUGUCUACGUGACAGAUGCUUUCGACAAUAGAACACAAUUUUGGACUCCGGGGUCAUCAAAUGGUCAAUUUCUGAUGGUGAGUAAUGGUACAAUAACGGCUCUAUAUUUGGAUGAUAGUGGAAAAUUACUGUAUUACUGUGAUGAAGAUGAUGGGAACGUGGGAAAGUUGUCGUUAUCAAAUCAAACGAUAACGACAAUUGCUGGAGGUAAUGGCCCUGCUAGUGAUUAUAAUCAAAUUUCUGCUUUCAAUCAUCAUAUAAUGUUAUGGCCUCCUCAUUCCACUACAGGAAAUCUGAUAGCUGGCACUGGAGUUCAAGGUCACGGCAAUGAUCAAUUAUAUCAUCCUCUUGGCAUUUUUGUCGAUCGAGCAGGCAAUAGCUGGAUAGCUGAUACCUGA